AUGGGAAGAAAAACUAGUGUUCUACUCCGGAACCAGCAAGAAGCGACGCUGGAGCAGCGGCUGCUGCCAGAGCAGGGGGAACGAGGGGCGAGCGGGGCUGUGCCGGAGGGGCCGGCGCUGUCCCCGCGCUGUCCCCGCUCUCGCACGUGCUGUCCAGCAGCGGGCUCGCCUCGGCAGUGCCGGUACCGCCGGCCCCGGGGAUGCUGCGUGCCGGGCUGCGGGCGCUCCGAGGGCCCCCGGGGCCGCCAGCAGCACCGGCCCCGCUGCCACGGGCCCCGAGCCGGGCACGGCGGGCAGGGAGCGAGCACCCCCCGCCUCGGCACGCCCGGAGCGCCGCUGUCACCGCCCGCGCCGCCACCCCGGCGCUUCCCCGCCGCCGCGGGGCCAUCGCGCUCCGCUGCCCGCUGCACAGCCCAGCCGUGCGCGGGACGAGCACCGGGCCGGGAACGGGCACAGGCGAGCCCCAGACGGGCAGCGGGUUCCGGGCCGCCCCCUCCCCACGGCCACGGCCCCGGCCGCGGCCCCGGCCCCAGCCCCGGCCCGGCCCGGCCCGCCAGGCCCCGGCGCCCCCCACCCGCGGCCCCGCCGGGUCUGGGCCGCCCGCGCCCCUCACCUGCGCUAGGCUCGGCUCCGGGCCGGGGCGGGCGGGGGGCGCUCAGUCCAUGGGCCGGGCGGGACCGGCGGGGCGGCACAGGGCAAACACCAAAGAGAAUGAGCGGGGCGGUGCGGCCCGCCGGAACUGACGGCAGCGCGCCGGGGGCGGGGCCUCGGCACAGCCAAUCGCCAUUGGGCGGGCCCGCAGCCGCACCGCCCUCGCCGCGAGCCUGCCCAAUGGGCGCGCAGCCUGCCGGCAGCACCGCCUCCUCCGCCGCGACUACGACUCCCGUCGCGCUCCGCGCGGGCCGCAGAACGGAAAACUACAGCUCCCGGCGUGCCCCGCGCGGGGAGGGCGGUGCAGCUGCGUCCGCCGUCGCUUCCGGCCCCGCCCCGGCCGUUCCGGCGGCGGCCGUUCCCCCGCCCGCAGCCGGUGCCCGCACGGCCUUUCCCCGCUCGGACAGCGGGCACGCGGUAAAACACGUGUUGUCCUCGCAGCUGCGCGUGCCGGGAGAAGAAACGGGAGCCGGGCGGGCGCAGGAAGGCACGCACGGCAGCCCGGAACCGGGAGCCCAGGCUCCUGAGAGCGCACACAAACCUGACCAGGGCGUCUGUGGAGACAGCGACAACACCAGUUAA